GUCCGGGGGGCCACGCCGGCGAUGCCCGCAGCCCCCGCCGCGCCCCGUGGGACCCGCUGAGUUGUCCCCGGGCCGGGGUCACACCGGGCCGGGCCGGGCCGCGCGCGGCGGCGUUGCCUGCAUGACCCUCCGGCGGCGCGGGGAGAAGGCGACCAUCAGCAUCCAGGAGCAUAUGGCCAUCGACGUGUGCCCCGGGCCCAUCCGGCCCAUCAAACAGAUCUCCGACUACUUCCCCCGCUUCCCGCGGGGCCUGCCCCCCACCGCCGCGCCCCGCGCCCCCGCGCCCCCGGACGCCCCCGCGCGCUCGCCUGCAGCCAGCGCCGGCCCCCGCAGCCCCUCCGACGGCGGCCGCGGCGACGACGACGAGGAUGUGGACCAGCUCUUCGGAGCCUACGGUGCCAGCCCGAGCCCCGGCCCCGGCCCCAGCCCCGCGAGGCCGCCCGCCAAGCCCCCCGAGGAGGAGCCGGACGCCGACGGCUAUGAGUCGGACGACUGCACCGCCCUGGGAACGCUGGACUUCAGUCUGCUCUAUGACCAGGAGAACAACGCCCUGCACUGUACCAUCAGCAAGGCCAAGGGCCUGAAGCCGAUGGACCACAAUGGACUGGCUGAUCCCUACGUCAAACUGCACCUGCUGCCUGGAGCCAGCAAGGCAAAUAAGCUCAGAACAAAAACUCUGAGGAACACUCUGAACCCCACAUGGAACGAGACCCUCACUUAUUACGGGAUCACGGAUGAGGACAUGAUCCGAAAGACCCUGAGGAUCUCCGUGUGUGACGAGGACAAAUUCCGCCACAAUGAGUUCAUCGGCGAGACCCGAGUGCCCCUGAAGAAGCUGAAACCCAACCACACCAAGACGUUCAGCAUCUGCCUGGAGAAACAGCUGCCGGUGGACAAGGCAGAGGACAAGUCCCUGGAGGAGCGAGGCCGCAUUCUCAUCUCACUCAAGUACAGCUCCCAGAAGCAGGGCCUGCUGGUGGGCAUCGUGCGCUGUGCACAUCUGGCUGCCAUGGAUGCUAACGGCUACUCAGACCCCUACGUGAAAACAUACCUGAAGCCAGAUGUAGACAAGAAAUCCAAGCAUAAGACCGCAGUGAAAAAGAAAACACUAAACCCGGAGUUCAAUGAGGAGUUCUGUUAUGAGAUCAAGCAUGGAGACCUGGCCAAGAAGACCCUGGAGGUCACUGUCUGGGAUUAUGACAUUGGCAAAUCCAAUGAUUUCAUCGGUGGCGUGGUUCUGGGCAUCAAUGCCAAGGGCGAGCGCCUGAAGCACUGGUUCGACUGCCUGAAGAACAAGGACAAGAGGAUCGAGCGCUGGCACACGCUCACCAACGAGCUCCCAGGAGCUGUGCUCAGCGACUGACUGUCCCAUCUGCUGCCACCCACCAUGCCACCCGGCCCACACAGGCCCUGCCCGGGGCUUUCUCAACUGCCAUCAAGGGCUGUGGCCCUCACAAGGGGCAAGAUCCAGGUUGUCUACUCGGGCACAGCCACUGCAGCCCCUGCUUGGAGGCCACAGAGCAUCCAGCCCUGCCCCGUUGGAGGGACAAGAAGACACAACAUUGGACCCGUUUCAACCCCCUGGGGCCCAGGAGGGCUGGAGUUGGGAGAAAUUCUGGGCCUCAGCUCCGCCCAAAGGAAGGGCUAUCUAGGGUGAGGACCUGUUGGAGGUGAGGGGUGGAACACAUGCUGCAAGCUCAGAAGUUGGGGUACCCUGGCUGCCUGGGGACCACAGAGGAAGGACUAUGGGCCGGUGGAGCCCAGGACUCGAGGACAGACAGACAAUGUAGCCAACUGGAGCUUCCAACUCACUCAUGCCUGGUAUUGAUGGACAGAGCCUGUGAGCCCCGGCGGCGGGGAGUUCCUGACUAGCAGAGGAUCUGGUCUACACAUAGCCACAAAGGAGUGAGGCACACAGGACCAGCCAGUUGUCUGCAGGGGCUGUGGGUACUGCUGACCGCUAGAGGGUGGAGGGCAGGGAAGGCGUCUUGGCGGGAGUCAGGGUUCAGCACAGCCUUGAAAAGCCAGCUGUGGCUCUGAAGCUAAGAGAAAGCCAAAUACAGAGAUUAGGAGGCCUGAGGUAGAUGCCAGGGGACACAGACAGAGAGCCGUGGGGGCAUUGCAGCAUUAGGCUUUGAGGCAGGAGCUGGGCUUGGGAAUGUGUACAAGCACUACAGGGAAACUGAGGUUGACUGUUCAAACCCAAGCUCUCCCAUUUGAUCUUGCUCCCAAGGGGCCUCAGUACUCACUGCUCCUGUUCUCAGCAGAAGCCUCUUUCCCGCAGCGUAGAGAAAAGGGAAAGGGACCCUACUAGCAUGAAAAGGGGCAAGAGUUCCUCCUGCCUGCCCAUCUCUCCCUUCCUCAUCCCCUCAGCUCAGGCUGGUGUUGGGUCCCGCAGGACUCCAUGACAUCCUAGACCUAUCAGGACAGUGGGUUGAUCUAGGAAUAGCGGUGGAAAACAGCGCCUUGUUUGGGGGAAGGUGUAGGGGUGGGGCUUCUGCCCUCAGGAGCUGAGAGCCCGGGCCUCACUUUCUGGGAUAGGGUGCAACACGUACCAAUCCUGAAGCUCCCAAAUGUCUCCUGCCAACUGGGGCUCCAGGAAGACAGGAGAAACAGAGAACCAAGGAGUUCCACCAUCAUCUCAGAGCCAUUUGUUCAACCCAUCACUGGGUGACAGGCACGGGGGUCCCGAGAGGGGAGAUACCCGAAGCCCAGCACCUCCUACAGCUAAAAUAAGGCCCCAGGGUCACAGGUCAUGAUCCAAUCCCAAGUGUUCACCAGCCUUCCCCACUUGGCAGGGAAGAGGUCUCUGUCCCCCACAGCACCCAGCCACCUGUUGCUAAUAGAGACUGGGUUUCCCUCUUGGAAAGGCUGUGCCUAUGUUAGUGAAUUGGCAGGCACUUUCUCACUGACUCUUCACCAUCUUGUCGGGGGGUGGGGGGGUGGGGGGGCCUUUGUCAACCCAUUUUACAAAUGGUCUCAGAGAAGUUGGUAAACUUCUAGGGCCACCAAGCUGGGAGGGGCUGAACCAAGUUUUAACCGCAAGCCCUUUAACUGUUUGAGGCUGAGGACUCCUUUCCCUCCUGAGCCGCUGGGGCUUGGUGAGGUCUGUGUUACAGACACAUCUUGUUAGUGCCGGGCACGUCACACUCUAGCUGGCUUUGAAAUCAUCUGUGCCAUUUAGAGUUUACCAAAAGACCACAGCCAAGCCCUGGAACUCGGCUGCCCUGCGCCUAGCCUGUGGUCAAGGGACUUUUAGUGUCAAGGCUGGUGUUUUCCCCACAUAGCUAGAAAUGGGAGCCUCUUGGGGCCCAAGGAGGGUGUUUCAGCACACCUGGUUGAGCUGAGUAAUUGAGUGUUUGCCCUUCGGGGUGCCCUGUUCUGAGAGGAGCCUGGCAGCCUCCUGAAGAUACAGAAGUGUUUGUUAGACAUUAGGUGACUGCUGAGGCCCAGCAAGAGAGCACGCGCAGGUGGGACAAGAACCUGGAUCCCUCUGUUGUCCCAGGCAGUAAGUGGGCGUGGCCUCAGAGAUGGUCCUUGUGAAGCCUGGGUGGGAGACAGGGCUUCUAGCCAGCUGGCUUGUGUGUGAGUGCCCAGGCAAGAGCCCACUAAAGGGAUGGAACUUUCCCGGGGCCCUGGCUUGUCUAAAGCCCCAGUACAUUCCAUCUCUGUUAAAGGAAAAGCCCUCUGAGAAGUUGCAGAAUCAGUUCAUCUUUUCACUCCAAACGGGUAUCUUGCUUCUGGUCCAACAGCGCUACAGAGAGGAAAUCUGAUACCAAAAACAAAGGUCAUUCCAAAGUCCUGUCAUCCACCUAGCGUCCUGGUCUCCGCCGUGCCCGCAGCCACCAUUAGCCAAUCCCCGAACGGGCCGUCUUCCAACCCUGAGGCGGUGACCUCCUGACCUCUAGUGGCGAGAACGAGGAGCUACACCUCCGCGGCCGGCCCGCCUGCCGAGCCCGGACCAAGCAUGUCCAACCCUUUGUCCUCCAGCCAAGCGACCUUCCCGAUGCAUGGAUGCUGGCGGGCUGUCGUCGACGCGGCCUCGUGCACUGCUUACAGUUUUACUACCACGUGACGGCUGCAGAGUACGUCCUCAAACUGCAGCGCCACGACACAAUUUUUGUACUUUUCGUCUGACCUUCCCGAAGGUGUCCUUUUUAAGUCUUAUUUGUUAAUAUUUAUAACGAUAUAUAACUCAAAAGUAAAUGGAAACGUUGUACUGCGA